GGUUAUGCUUUCGGGAGAAGAAGAGGCGUUGUUGUCCGGUGAUCCUCACACCCUGCAGGCAAAAGUGAGGUUCAGGAAGCCACCGACGCUCAUGGAUCUCCAAGUCCUUCUGACGGUCAUCGGCGAAGAAUCGGCGGAGUAUGACUUAUUCAGGGAGAAUUGCUAUUUCUUUUGUUCGGUCGUACACCAAAUUUUGUACGAAUUGCACGAAGGUCAUAUGACGGUUGGUGAGUUCCAUCAUCAAACGCUAGGUGGUGAUGCACGGAAGAGAAUUGUGAAUAGGUUGAGACAACAAUCGUACGUUAUUCCUUUUACGUGUUUCCUUCUCCUUCUCUCCGCCCCGAUCACUUUACGCCGGUCUUGCCCAUGUGGGUCAUGCGAUGAGCCUAGAGCCCGCAAGUGGAACUCGGGAGUUCGUACCCCAACUUUCUCACACUAAUAUCCUAAUUUUAGACAUGUUACUGAUACCGCUUUUUUUGUGCUUCUUGCCUAGGAUGCCUUGGACGUCACCUGCACAUUGAUCGGAAUGGGAAGCUGCGUUGUAGAAAAAAUGCCUCAUGUUUUUGUAAGCUAUCCAAUGAGAUUCGGACAUAUAAUGCGUCAAUUAUUUUAC